AUGGAAGUUCACAUAGACCCCGAAGUGAGUAAACAUCAGGAGAUAAUUGAUGCCAUUACUAGCGCAACCACUGCCUUGAGUCAAAGAUCACCAGAAUCACCAGCAAGUCAACAACACACAGAACUAACUGAAAAAGAAGAGCAUUCCCACAAAGACGAUGGGCUUGGCUACGAGUUUAUUGAUGAGGAGCAAAAUAAAAAUGAACCCACCGGAAAUGCUGAAGAAGCUUUACAUAUGUUACUUAAUGAACACAAUGCUGACAGAGAAAUAUUUGAAGACCUUCAUCUGAGUCAUUCAGAUACCCAAAAGUCUCCCAAUGUCGAAGAAAAUGAAUCCAAGCCUUCCGAAGUAAAGCUUGUGUCGUACGAUCCUGAUUCAAAACCACCUCGUUUAGGACGACCAAGACGCAACAUAACAAACACCCUAGCUCCACCAGAAUCAUCUUCAUCGAAAAAUUAUAAUGAAGCAGUGAUGUCUAAAUUCAGAUUAGAUUCCCAGCCAAUUGAAGGUCCAGGAUCACGCGGGGGAAAAGGAGGUCGAAAAAGUCCUAAAGGCAGAAUCACUUCAGCAUCAAUAAGAAAGAGAACCACUCAAUCUACUUUAAAUUUUGAACCUUUAGGAGAUAGCAAUAAAAGGGCCAUGUGUCUCAGCUUAAACAAUACUGAUAAAAACGACCAUGGAAAAAUUGACAAAGAAACUUAUGGUUCUGAGACAAAGUCGCCAAAGUUGAUUUUAAAACUUAAUUUAAAGAAGCAAACACCAUCAACAGAAGAUGGUGAUACAUUACGGGGACAAAAGCCAGACCUGCUGAGCACCUUAGUGAAAAAAUCAUCUACUACUGCAACGGGAAUAAAUACAAAUAAAAAGGCAAAACAUCUUCAAAAAGCCAGCAGAACUACUGUUUUGAAUAAUAAGAAUAAGAUUACUCGACAGUUGCCUGGCCCCCUUGUUGGUUUAUAUUAUGACUUGUAUGAUGAUAAUUUGGUUGACAAAUACUUCGAUGCUAAACAUGAAAAAAUUGCACUCGGAUAUCCCGUGACUAAGGCACCAUAUGCUAACGACAUAGUAUUCAUAAUAUCGUUUCUUUCCAAAUUUAAAGCGAUUAUACCAACGGACAACAUCGGCCCUCAAAAUUUUGAAUAUGGUUUAAGUUUACCAUUAUUAGAAGAUACUUCUGAUUAUGAAACGGCAAACUAUGUGAAACGACAUCAAGAAAAAGAAAAUGACGAUUAUGACCUGACUUUUGUUUCACCAGAAAUGCAGGCAUUAUUUAAGAAAUUGCUUGGGUUGGUUUUAAAUAGAAAAAAGCCGGUUACUUCCCACAUGAAAGCAAUUCAAGAAUUGAAACCACAGAGUGUCAAUUUCGGGUUGCCUAAGGAAUGGAAGAUUUUAAAACCUUCUGAUAAAAACAAUCAAGAUAAUAUUGAUCAGGGACCUCCGGUCGAUCCAUCAAAUCCUGAAAUUUUAUUAAAUAAACUUCCCGAGAAUGACAAUUGGCUUAUAAUCUUUAAUCCAUUUUACACUCAGGAAUUUGAAGUUCACGGUUUAGCUGGAAUAGAGAAUCCAUUGGACAGAUUGGUAAUGUUACGUACACUAGUGCAUUGGGCACUAGCGAACUCAGAAGCUGUCAAAAAAGAGAUUACCGCCAGUGUUCAGUUGCAAGAUAUUCCUGGAGAUAAGGAUACAUACUAUGCUGCAAGAGCCAUUCUCAAUGGGUUUAAAGAUGCUCAUGAUACAAAAAUAGCAGCAGAAACAAAGUUAGCAAAAAGAAAGUCCGAGGAUGAAAUUCGAUAUAUUGACCCAACUUCUGAUCCGAUGGCCCAUCCUUUUAAGCUUCGGUUAAACGAACAAAUAGCUGGUGAUUGUGGGUUUGGCAUAGGAAGAUUUUAUUUGUGUCGUAUGGCAGAUGACUAUAACGGAGGGUUAGCAUCAGUAAAGAAAAUGAGUAGCAUAUGGAGUGGCCCAGCUGGAUUGUCUGGUCCUUUAGCAUCAACUUUUAAACUAUAUGUUCAAGAUGUUCACCAGAUGUUGACAGAAUCUUUGGCAGCUUCUGGUGUUGAGUUUAAUGAAGAUGGUGAGGAGGUCGCCCCUGCAAUCACGGAAACUGACGAAAGUGAGUAUUGGUAUGAGGUAGCAUCAAAUAGUAUAGAGCUUCAAGAAUUCAUCCACUUUCUUGAUUCUAGAUUGUCUUUAAAAGAAAAAGCAGAAUCACCAAUCCCAAUGGCUUCAAUAAUUUUUAGACCAGUUUCACAGUUACGUGAUUAUUUGUCGGCCAUACUACCAUUGACGGAGAAGCAAGAAGAAUUGUUGCAAACAAAGAGAUCGACCAGGAAGAGACCAAUAGAUUACAGUGAUAGACAUGCUGCUGCAAAGUAUGGUGACGUCUUUGAAGGAGACGAAUACCUUGAAGCCAACGACAAUGAUGAUGACAAUUAUAUGGAGGUUGAAGGAUCUCCAGUUGAUGAAGAUGAAGAUGAAGAAUAUUUGGAAUAG